GUAUUUUGAAUUAAAUCAGAUUUGCUGUGUCAUUUUUUUCGUCCAGAGUGUGACAAUACACAUGUGGCGCCGCUAGCCGGCGGUCUAGGGGAUAAUCUUUCCUGCCGAUGUAAAGCCGAAACUUUACAAGCCGGCAUAAUGGCGCAGCCUCGCACUCCACAAAAGCAUGCCCCAAAUGGCCCCAUAAGACCUCUGUACUGAACCUUAUAAAGAUAUCCUCUUCGCCCUGCUGGGGACUUGGGACUAAGUUUUAUCUCUCCUGGCAUAGGCUUGAACUUAUUACCAACUAUAGAGGUAUAUCAGUAAUUGACAAACGCAGACACUGCAAGGUGGGCACGAGUAUGUCCCUCCGAAGAAGUAUCCGUGAGCAGAGCCUCCGAUGACACGUGGAACUCCAGGAACGCCAUAUGCUAUUGAUCUUGGCCUCACGUGCACUCAUCAGAACGGGAGAAGCUCACACAUGACUAAUUAAUAGUAGGAUGCCACGGCGACCAUAUCUGGAGCAGGACCGCUCGGCUCCAAAGCGUCGGCGCCUCCCUCCCCGGGCUUCGCAAGCCUGCCAUGCCUGUGCUUCAUCGAAGACUAGAUGUGACAAUUAUUUGACAUGUGCGCGCUGUCGUAGAAGGAGCAUUCCCUGUCUUCGAGAUGCACAUCUUCCGGACGAAGAAGAUGAAACCCGGGAUCCGGCCACAGGCCAACGAGCUGCUGUCAGCGACAAGAUAGAUGCUAGCCUGCCAGGAACUUUCCAGGGCAGUUUUGAUGGAGUCUUUUCGAACCAAAACAGCACUGCUGCCUCGAAUCGCGCCCUGGAUUUCCAUGCUCCGCAUCCCCCUACUCAAAAUACAACAGACGGGCUUCCAGGACCUCCUUUGGUGCCAGCAACUUGGGGUCUUGAUGCAUCUUUUGACCUGCUUAACCAGGAUGGGCCGGACGGCAGGCUGGAAUGGGGUGACUGGGGUCUCAAUGAUCAUGAAAUAGACUUUUUCUCGCGCAUGGAGCUUCCAUUACUGACUGGGGCUGCACAAGCCCCCCGGUACAUCCCCACCGCACUCGCCUCCUCCGAGCCUUCAGUUGAUGGCGAUGAGAGAACAUACAGCCUACAACAAGCUAUUAGUCAAUCCAUUGGACAAUGGACUCCAAAAUCCGGUCAUUAUCGAGCGCAUGCGGAGAAAGACAUGGUAUCAAAAGACCUUCUCAGUCUCAAAAUAGAUUUUUCGGGGCCAUGGGAUCCUUCCAUAUCGGGUGAACCACUGGUACCUCGCACACGUGACAAACUCAUCGCUUUGGUGGUGGGAUCGUGUGAGCGCAGCAACAUAGGCGCAGUAGUAUCAGCAUUCCCAACUGUUGAUGCUUUGGAAUGCCUAAUCAAUAUAGCCCUGACCCAACAAAAAGGUGAUCUCGACGGUUACAUCCAUGUUCCUACAUUUUCGAAAUCCGAGAGCCGCGUUGAAACCAUCGCAGCUAUGGUAAUCACUGGUACUUCUAGAUCAUCACACAAGGCGGUCCAGAAGUUUGGCUAUGGACUAGGGGAAAUACUCAGUUACUACUUGUACAGUCGGGCGGAGCGAGAAUAUUCCCUCACCAGAGAUCUACAAUACCUCCAGGCGUUCUGCCUAAGUUUAUCUGACGGAUUAUGGAGCGGAUUUAAUAACAAAAUGGAGCUGGCCAAAAGUGUCUCAGGAGUAUUGAUAAACAUGUUGAGGGUGGGGGGGCGCUUUCGCCGUAACGCUUAUUCAUCUAUAGCUCCAAUUUCUACUGAUGUUGGCGAUAUUUUGGACAAAAAGUGGCGUGCUUGGGUUGAGCAAGAGUCAUUUAAAAGAUUGGUCUACCAUAUACACAUCCACUGUGUGCAGGAAUCAUUCAUGGCCUCCACAGCAGGCUCGCAGCUGUCUCCGUCUGAGCUCACUCUACCACUUCCUGAAUCACGCGAGCUGUGGCUUGCACCAUCUGCCAUACAUUGGAAACAAGCUUUCGUGCAAUUGCAGGUAAGCGCUCAGGGCAAAGUGCCAUCUAUAAUAGAAUGUAUCGCAAAUCCCAGCACAACACGUCUAUUUCCCCAGACGUGUGACCGUGGAUUUGCAAGCCAGGUUCAGGUCUAUGCAAUAGCAUCAUUGGUUCGCGCUUUCAAACAUACUCAAGCUUUAUUUGCAACCAAUGACCCCGAUCUCAAUAGAUCAGCAUUAAUUGCAGACGAAAGCCAAGAGAGGAGGCUGGAACAGGUUAUCCAAGCUCUUGGCGUGGGCUACAACACAGGCGGCUCUGAAGAGAUUGCGGCGUGGAACCUACUCCGCGAACUGACUAGCAUGCACCUUUAUAUCUCUUUUAAUCAAUUGGAACUCUUUGCUGGGCAAGAAGGGCCUGAUGAAGCACAAGCAGUAUACCCAACUCUUCACACAUGGUUCCAAAGCGAGUCAUCUCGGCACGCUGUCUGGCAUGCAGGCCAAGUUUUUCGUCACAUGAGAGCUAUUCCCGUUGGUGCGCUGCACAUAUUCCAUGCUCUAGCCUGCUACCAUGCGAGCUUGUGCCUCUGUAUUUACGGAAUCAUUUCCAAACGCAGUACCAGCCAGGCGAAAUCGUCAGCACCUACAUCUACGGAGACGUCAGUACUUCUCGUGGACGGAGAAGAAACUCUUUCAACCCGACGCUGGAUUCAGCUGGGUUCUGGAACACCUGUAAUUUCUACGAGCCCGACGAGUUCAGAUAUGUCAGCACAGUCGGAAGAGACGACAGCACUUAGCUCGGCGACCAUAAUAAUGAAUGCUGCAAUUGAAGUUAUUCGCAAGAAGUUCCGGGAGCUUUUGGACAUCGAGCCACGGCUUGUGGGCAAUAUUUGCCGCUUAAUGCAGUCCAUCGGAAAUAUGGACCAAACCGGAUCAUUUGGCUCGAGAGACGCUUCCCAGUAAUGAGAAUAGGUUUCUUCAUACCUAAAGGGCAAGGAGAGAUAGAUUGUAGUCAUCUAAACCACAGCCUAGUAACUACAUCCGGAUGCUGGGGAUAUCAAGGCUAGAGUCACGGAUCAAGUUAAUACACUUGAAUGUACAUUA